CAAGUUACACCUCCUUAUAUAAUAUAUACAUACAAUCUCUGGUUCGCGGUUAGCCAUUUUCACAAUCUCUAUGGUUUUAAUUGGAGAUUUUCUGUUGUCAAGGGCUUGGAACUGUGACUAACUGCGUGUUUGAUUGCAUGAACUCUCAAUUAAUUAAUUUCUCCAAUUUUUGAUAUCUCACAAGCCCAGAUGAGUCAUUUGAAGAGGAAGAAUUGGCCCAAAACAACACCCUACCAUCAUCCUUGGGAUUAUCCCAAUGAGAAGAAGACCAUGGAAGAGUUCUCGUUUGAGAGUAUGCGAAAGGAUGUCAAAUACCAUGCCAGGACUAAGUCUGAAUUACAAUCCCAUAUGGAAAUGCUGGACUUAAUCAAUUCUUGUGAGGCUGCAUAUAAGGCCGAUGUUCGUAAGCAGAAAGCUGCCGAAGCUCGAAACCAGAAGCACAAAGCUGCUGAGCUUCCAAAGCAGAUAUCUCCUUUUGAUCCUUUUGAACUUCCAAAGCAGUCAACUGAUGAAUUUCGAAGGCAGAAUUUUUUUAAGUUUCUGGCUUCUAUAGAAGCUCGAAACCAGAAGCAGAAAGCUGCUGCAGAUCGAAAGAAGAAAGCUGCUGCAGAUCGAAAGCUGAAAGCUGCUGAAGCUCGAAAGCAGAAGCAGGCAGAAGUUCAUGAGCAGGAAGUUGCCGAAGUUCAAGAGCAGAAACAUGAAACCGCUGAAGUUCGAAAGCAGAAGCAGAAAGCCGCUGAAGUUCGCAAGCAGAAGCAGGUAGCUGCUGAAGUCCGUAAGCAGGAAGCCGCUGAACUUCGAAAGCUAAAGCAGGAAGCCGUUGAACUUCGAAAGCAGAAAGCCGCUGAACUUCGAAAGCUAAAGCAGGAAGCCGUUGAACUUCGAAAGCAGAAAGCUGCUGAACUUCGAAAGCAGAGAGCUGAAGCUCGUAAGCAGAAAGCCGAAGCUGUUGAAAUUCGUAAGCGUGAAGCUGAAGUUGCUGAAGGUAACAUCAAAAGUAAGCGGCAGAAGAAGUAAGUGCUGGAGGCUUAAGAUGAAGGACAUCCAAAAUCUAUAUGUUUGACUUCUUAUAUAGAAUAUUUAUAGGAGUAGGUGCUUAAAUAAAUCAUUCUCAAUUCUGUGACUAAAAUUAAACUAUUAGUUUUAUCCUAAAGUUGCGAGCAUUAGACACUUGGGAGGGAGAGAAUCAAGCUCUCGAAUCUUGGUCUAUGUGUGUCUUGUUAUUCUGUACUAUUUCCUAUAUGACUACUGCAAUUUGUCUAUGUGUAGUAUUCUGGUUUUGAAUUAUUCUCCA